UGUCUAUUAGUAACAUUGACAUCGACAUUGAAGCAGGUGCUUUUAAUUUUCAAAAUGACGUGGAAAAAAUUGUGACAAAAUUUUGCAAUAAGUAAAAAAUUACAAAAAUUUUAAGUGCAAAAAGUGAUAUGGAUUCGUUUAUGGAAUAUUACUUUGAUGAAGUUUUUUGCAACAUCAGACGAGACGGUUUGAACCAAAGACUCAAGAGGAGAGAACUUGUGGAAUAUUUCAAUACAGUCAUAACUGGAUGUGCUAGGGGGCAAAACAAAUCAGACAAUGCAACCUGCAAGUCUUUCGUCAAUUCUGCUCUCCGAUUCCAUGGCAAAUGCAAGACUGAUAAUGGCGAUGUGUGUCUUAUGGGGAAGUACCAUGAUAUGCUAUAUAUUGCUAUGAAGCUGGCUUUCGACUGGAGUCUCCAAGAUAACGGAGUGGUAGCAGCCCUGUUGGACGAACUUUACGCCUGUGAAGGAACUUUCGAGAGGAUAUUUCUAGGUGCAAUAUUCGGAACCUCUGCACCCUAUUUCUUGGCCGGUUGGAAAUCCGAUUUCCACGACAAAGAAGAAAAUGUGAGUGCACUAGUAUUUUUCUUGGAUCACGCGACAAACGCGAACCUGGAGUACACUGAAGGUAGUAAAAUCUAUCGAUUUAUUGACGUGCCUUUAGAAAGUUGCGGAAAAGCCUCUCCAGUAAGAGUCGUGAUACAAAUGGGGGCUGCGGAAAUAUUAAUGAUACUUCUAAGGUUUGGCGCAAGAAUAACUGCCGAUCACGUUUCAACCAACCCAAUCGAAUCGAUUUUGGAUCGACUCAAGGAGUACAAUAGAAAAUAUCCCUACGAAUUGGUAACUUGUUUGAAACUGUCACUAAGAGCUGUGCCCAGAAUGAAUUUCACGGUUGACAAAAAUAGCAUGAAGCAUUUGGAACUGCCAGACGACUACAACUAUCAACGAAGGGUUGCGUUGCAGAAGUAUGGUGAAAUUGUAGAGGACCAUCUGCUGCCUACAUCGAGAUGUGGACUUAGGCCUGUGGAAUUGAAGCAUUUGUGCCGCUGCCUUAUAAGACAGAUGCUAUGGGAAAAUUUUGAAUUGCCUUUUGGUAUCAAAAAACUACCAAUUCCGUUAAGCUUGAAGCGGUACAUAGAUCUGAUGGACGAUUAAAUAAAUUUCAAGAUUUUUUC